AUGUCGGCCGACUACGCCCACUUGGACGACGACAAUGACAUCGCCUCACCAACACAUUCGUCCCAUACGCUCGACAACCUCGACCCGGACGGUCGCGCCUCGCUUUCACCUUCACCCUCAGGCAUCGACGCCUUCUUUGACGACGAAUACGCCGCUACUGCAGCCGCUGCAGCCGCUGCAGCCGACACAGCCGCCGACCGCCAGUCCGAGGAACCUAACCGCGCUCCGACUCUCUCCUUCAGCACUGGUUUCUUUGACCAUAUCCUCAACCCAGCCGGCCUCGACCACGGCAGAUACUCCCCGUUUGACUGGCGACCCUACCGCCCUCUACAACCAGAGAUGCCGCCUACCACCCGAGCACAUCCACAGGGGUCACCGGCUUCACAGCGACCUGACCGUCUGGCAAAUGGCUACGUAGACCUGACCAGCGCUCCAGACUCGCCCCCUCGUACAAGGAAGAGACAGUCGCCUACGCCAGGCCCCUCAGCAAAGCGGCGCAAGAGAGAAGACGGUACGGCCAAGGAGGCCAAGCAGCAGAGCGUGGAAUCUGUCACGGUGGAAGAAGUCGACUUGACUGAGAAUUCAUCAGUCCAACAGGUUCUGCAGAAGCAGCGUGAGGAUGCUGCCAAGGUACAAGCCAGGCCCGACGAGACGUUCACUACAUUCAACUCCUUCAAUUGCGUCAUCUGCAUGGACAAUCCCACCGACCUUACAGCUACAGCAUGUGGUCAUUUGUUCUGCCACACUUGCCUCAUGGAAGCUCUCAUCGCCGGUGAGAACCGUACAGGUCCCCACGAGACCAAACGUUCACAAUGUCCCGUGUGUCGAAAGACAAUCAGUCGCAAUAAGCCUUCCGAUGUCAUACCCUUGCUGCUCAAGAAAGGUCUUUUGACACAGCCCCGGAAGAAGAAGACGGCUGCACCAGCUGCGACCGCUUCACCCAAGUUUUGCAUACGAACCCCGUAUCUCAUACUAAGACAUAUACUAGCUAGCUCGGAAAAAACCACAGUGCCCACCUCGCAGGUCUACACGACGCACGAGACGGAUCUCCAGCAAUGUCGAAUGUGUGUAAACCCAAAAGGCAGGCUAAUCCAUCCGAAACUCACCUCACAAGUCGCUAUUCUUGGUGCAGGCGAUGUAGGUGCCACCAUUGCCUACUCGCUCAUCAUGGACCCGGUCGCGGGUGACAUCUUGAUAGUGGAUCCAAAAGAAGAAGUCCGUGAUGCUCAGGUACAAGACCUUUCUGACGCCACGUUUCAUGGAAAUACCACAACGCGCAUAAGAUCAGGAACACACAAAGAAGCUGGGCAGUGCGAUGUUAUAGUCAUAACCGCCGGCGCAAAGCAAAAGAAAGGUGAGAGCCGAACCGACCUCAUCGGCCGCAACAAAGCUAUUCUCGAAUCCGCUAUUAGCGAUAUGAAACCUUUUCGCCCAGAUACCGUCCUGCUUCUCGUCGCCAACCCCGUCGAUGUACUCACCUACUUCGCCCAACAAUUUUCCGGGCUUCCCAAACAGCAAGUCAUCGGCUCCGGCACUUUUCUCGAUUCAGCGCGCCUCCGUGGUAUCCUUGCCCUGAAAGCUGAGGUCGCAGCGUCCAGUAUCGAUGCUUACGUAUUGGGCGAGCACGGUGAAUCUCAAUUUGUCGCCUGGAGCCUUGCUAGCAUUGGAGAAACCAAAAACAAAGCCACAAAUAUUAUCCAAAAUAAAGGUGCGACUAAUUAUGGCAUCGGUGGUGUCACAGCCAGUAUCUGCAAGUCUAUACUUUUUGACCAGAGGAGCAUCCGGCCAGUUAGUCAUUACCAGGAUGACUUGGAUGUUUGUCUGAGUGUGCCGGCGGUUUUAGGGAGAAAGGGAAUUGUAAGGAGUGUGCCAAUGCCGUUGAGUAGCGAGGAGAAGGAGCUGUUGGAGAAGAGUGCAAGGGCGUUGCGGGAAGUUAUUGAAGCCUAG